AUGGCAGACACAAUGGAUGUAGACGAGGCGACCUCGCCCGACGCAACAGCCGCCCCAAAUGCCAGCAUGGGCACGCACAGCGGCGCGACAGCCGUGCGCUCCAUCGAAGGCUGGAUCAUCAUAGUCACCAACAUCCAUGAAGAGGCCGGCGAGGAGGACCUCACUGACCUGUUCGCCGAGUACGGGGAGAUCAAGAACAUGCAUCUGAAUCUAGAUCGUCGGACUGGUUAUGUCAAGGGCUACGCACUCAUCGAAUACCCCACGCUCGACGAAGCGCGCGCCGCUAUAGACGGAGCUCAUGCUUCGAAGCUCUUGGACCAGACGCUCGAGGUCGACUUCGCAUUCGUGCGUCCGCCGCCAGGGAAGGGACGGGGUGGAGGAGGGGGCCGACCGCCUGCGAAGGGGAGAGCGAGGACGAGGAGUCGCAGCCCGGCGGCGAGGGAGGAGAUGGCUGAGUGA